GAGCACGUGGGGGCGCCGCCGGUCCCGGUCCCGCUGCGCCACCGCCGCCAUGGAGGAGCCGCCGCCCGAGCAGCCGCCGCCCCCCGCAACCCCGACGCCCUCAGCAGGCGGGGAGGAGGACGAGGCCGCGGCGGCUGGCGGCCCCGAAUGGAACAUCCCGCCCAACGCGCCCGCCUGCAUGGAGCGGCACCUGGAACGCGCGCAUUACCGCGCAGACGGAGCGCUGCUGCUGGGCGCCUCGGGGCUGAGCGGCCGCUGCUGGGCCGGCUCCAUCUGGGUGUUCGCCGACCCCCGGCGCGCCCCCAGCGAGGGCUUCUGCACCGCCGGCGUCCAGACCGAGGCGGGCGUGGCCGACCUGCGCUGGGUGGCGGACAGAGGCAUCCUGGUUGGCUCCGACUCCGGCGCCGUGGAGCUGUGGGAGCUGGACGAGAAGGAGACCCUCAUCGUCAAUAAGUUCUGCAAGUACGAGCACGACGACAUGGUGGAGGCGGUGGACGUCCUGGCGGGCAGCACGCGGGCGGUCAGCGGCGGAAGGGACUUCAGUGUGAAGGUGUGGGACCUCCCGCAGCAGGCUGUGCUGCACUCCUAUAGAGCUCACUCCGAUGCAGUGACAUGUGUGGCUGCCUGUCCUGGUAAGGACACCAUCUUCCUGUCCUGCGCUGAGGAUGAAAGAAUAUUACUCUGGGACACCAGAUGCCCCAAACCAGCUACUCGAAUUGUUUGCAGUGCCUGUAAUUACCUCCCUACCUCAGUCCUGUGGCAUCCACAGGAAAGUGACAUCUUUGCUUUAGGUGAUGAAAGUGGAACAGUUGCACUAGUAGACACAAAGAAUCCUGAUUCUGCCCUCAGCUCCAUUGUGCAUGCCCGACGUGUUACGGGCUUUGCAUUUUCUGCACAUAGUUCACCUUUGCUGGCUUCCAUCAGUGAAGAUUGUACAGUAGCUGUUCUCAACUCAGACCUUUCAGAGGUGUUCAGAAGCCGUUCUCAUCGAGACUUUGUAAAAGGUUUAUCGUGGUCUCCUUCAGACAAUGCCUUGCUCACUACAGUUGGAUGGGAUCAUCAGGUUUUACAUCACACUGUCCCCAUACCAACUGGUGAAGCUUCCGGAAUCAACUGUGUAAAAGAAUAGUUUUAUAAACUCAUUGGUCCAAAUUCCUUCCUUGCAUUAUUUUGGUUCUCCUGAAGUCGACGAUGUUUGUGAACUCGAGUGGUUAUGGAUUGUUGUCUGCCUUGAACCUUGUGACUAAGAAGGUUCCUGUAGUAGUUUUGAGUUAAGCAUAAAUUAGUUGCAAACUAGACUGUACCAUCUCCUCAGGAGUUGGAUUCACCUGCGAAAAGACUGCAGUUUUUUACCUGGAAAAAAAAUAGUGACUUCAGCUACAGAGGAGCCUUGGAAGAGGGAAUUAGGUAUAAUAAAAUGAAAAAGACUUGUUUCUUCAAACCACUCACAGAAUGAAUAGAAACAAAUUGUUUGGGGAGGUUAAAAGGAACCACCUUUACUGAGGUAGAUGCAAAAGCCUCACCUGAGCAAAGUGUUUGCUCUUUAAAUACUUCCUUCCAACUGGACAGGAAGCUGUGUUGGAAUUUUAAUGGUAGAAGAGUUUCCUUGUUGUCCUUAAUGCCACAUUCAGUUUAGAAGGUUGGUUUUUGCUAUCUUCUAUUGCAAAUAAUCCCAUGGUGAGCACUGUGUGUAGACUUCUGCUCCACUGCUGGGUAUCAGAGUACCAGUGCUUGGUGUGAUACGUCACAUAUGCUGUAUAAUAAGGAUCCCAGCUGCAGUCAUUAAACAUCUUUGUGAUGGUGCAUGACAUGCUGAAAUGCCAGGACCUGUAAUGCUCACCUGUUGCUUGGAGCUGAGAGCAGCUCGGGGGCUUUUCUGCAGCAUGCUGAAUGCUGAGAGAAGUUUGCUUGACACCAUGUUUCAGCUUCUCUGUGCUGAAUAUAACUUACUCCAGAAUAAGGUUUGCAAACAGAAAUUUAUAUAAGAGGAAAAACUGGACUAAGGACUUGAGUCUUCAUUUUGUUGCUCCUGUUAUCAGACUGCUUAGUGAUAAGUAAGGCUCCUGAUAGACUUUCAAUGAGUGACUUUUUGUGCUGGAGACUGAGAAGAUCAAGCAUUCCCAUAAUCCCCUCAAAGACUUCACGUAAUCCUUAGAGGUUGGUUUUUGUUUUUUGGUAAUAUAACAUACAACUUCUCAAACUAAACUGUUUCCUUUGAAUAUAUUGAACUGACAAUAAAUGGCAUUGAUCUGCA